AAACAAUACAAUCUGAAUCACAGUUCGGCACCCGGUUAAAUAAAAUCGUGAAUGGGAUGAAACCGUUCGUUGUGAUUCGAAAGCAUGAAACUCAAGAUAAUGUGGCGUUACAGCGCCUUAUUCGAGAGUUUGUGAUGUCCGGUGCUUGGGAAGCUUUUGUUUCUUGUCUAUUUAGAGAGAUUACUCUGCAGCUAAUCGUGCUCGGUUGGGCACUGAUGUUUAUCUUCUUCGGCAUACCCCUCUACAUGUGUGCUCUGGCCAUACCGUGCGUCAUAAUGCUGAUAUGGUUUACAGUGUACGGUAGCUACUACAACAAGUCGACAGAGUUGGCCCUCCGACCAAACAAAUUGUGCUGGGUAGCAGAGAUUUACGAACCACUGCUGGCGAUUAAUUCAAAGCCACUGGCUGCUAACAUCGAACGAUGCUACACCGAUAGACCCGGCCCUGAAGUCCAGCAGGAACUGGGAAAGAUGCGAAAGAACAUCAUCGGUACAAUUAGUUGCCGAAACCAUCUCGCAAUGGACAAUGCUGGAUUUAUUACGCGACUUGCCAUUAGCCCAAAGUAUGGGCUAACGCCGGUGACUGAGCAACUCAUUCAGCGGGUGUUACAAUAUGCUUCGGAUAGUCAGCUUUAUGCGAUCGAAACGGUCACCUCCGAGUGUGAUCAGGAUGUGCGAGAAAUUUACCUUAAAAUAGGAUUCAACAUACGACAAGUUUACCAUAAACAAAUCAUUGGAAACACAUUGAAAGUAAUGAAAUCUCAGCUUGGCAUCGAUCUGCACGAGUGGAAUCAAAAUCGAGAAGAAAUUAACGUCGAAGUUCCCGCGGAGUAGUGCAAACCCUCUCUAUCCGUCUCCUUUUUGGGAUUAAUCUAAUUUUGAGUUAUAAUCGUAGCUCUAGUCUUCACAAUGAUGGUUGUAUCUCUAUUUUUAUCUAUUUUCCAUUCCCAUUUUUUGUGGCCAUUGGGAAAAAUUUGGUUAAAGACACUGAAUUUGGUAUUACUUUUUAAGGGGGAAAUUUACCAUAGCGUAAGCAAUUUGUAAUGCACGGUUCAUAUUAACCGUACCUUCCGUUUAAAUAAUAAAUUUAACAAAAGACUAGUUAA